UCUUUAUGUUCGGUUGUCUCUAGAAAACUAGGGAGGGAGGGAGCGCGAUCCAUGGUGGUGCCUCCCCGGCCAAUCGAUCAAUCGAAUCCAGCGCUUCAAUCGUGCUGUGCCGAUGGCGUCGCAUUCCAGCAGCGAUCUCGGUGCGCGCUUGCUCGGCGAGGAGGAAUCGCGGCCUGGAAGCAGUAGCAGCAGCAUCAGCGAUGCUUUGGAUUACACGCAGGACGGAUCGAUCGACUUGUUUGGGCAGCCUGCGCUGCGAUCCAAGACCGGGGGAUGGAGAACCUCAGCUUUUAUUCUUGGAACCGAGUGCUGCGAGAGGCUGGCGUUCUAUGGGAUCAAUGCCAACCUCGUCAUGUAUCUCACCAAGGAGCUCCACCAAGGCAACGCUACUGCUGCCAAGAAUGUGGCUGUCUGGGCCGGCACUGGCUACCUCACGCCUUUGAUCGGCGCUUUCAUCGCCGAUUCUUUCCUGGGACGAUUCAAAACUAUUGCUGCCUUCUCGACACUCUACGUUGUUGGGCUGGUUUUGCUGACUUUGUCGUCGUCUUUACCAUCGCUCACGCCUCCCGACUGUCCACCAGAUGUCCAUAAAUGCCCAAAGGCAUCGCUCGGGCAGCUAAGUGUUUUCUACACCGCGCUCUACUUGGUGGCCUUGGGAAUGGGAGGCAUAAAGCCGUGCGUCUCAGCGUUUGGAGCGGACCAGUUCGACGACGAGCACAAGUCGGAGAAGAAGAAGAAGAGCCACUUCUUCAACUGGUUCUACUUGUCCAUAAACCUGGGCGCGCUCAUCGCUAGCACCGUGCUGGUUUACGUCCAGGACAACAUUAGCUGGUCACUCGGUUACGCCAUCCCGGCCUUGGCAAUGGUCCUGGCCAUCUCGUGCUAUCUCGCGGGUGGGAGAUACUACAGGCACAAGAGGCCCGCUGGCAGCGCGCUCACCAGAGUUGCACAGGUUUUGGUCGCGGCGUGCCGCAAGUGGAUGGUCGAAGUCCCCUCCGACGAAACCUUUCUAUAUGGCUUCCACGACAAGAACUCUGCCAUCGAAGGAAGCAGGAAGAUCGAGCACACGGAAGAAUUCAAAUUUCUCGACAAGGCUGCCACUGUGACUACUCGCGAUCGAAUGCUGGAGCAGCCUCCAAGCCCGUGGAACUUAUGCACCGUGUCGGAGGUGGAGGACGUGAAGCAAGUCGUGAGCAUCAUGCCGAUCUGGGCCAGCAACAUCUUCUUCUCGACCGUCUUCGCGCAGAUGUACAGCCUCUUCGUGGAGCAAGGCACGAGAAUGGAGCGGCGCCUCGCCCGGGACUUCUACGUCCCGCCAGCGUGCAUGUCCCUCUUCGAGGUGGGGACGGUGCUCCUCAUGGUUCCACUCUACGACCGCGUCAUCGUGAAGCUCGUGAGGAGAUACUCGGGACGCCACCACGGCUUCACUCUCCUCCAGCGCAUGGGAAUCGGCCUCUUCCUCUCCAUCUUCCCGAUGGUGUCGGCCUGUUUAGUGGAGAGAAAGCGCUUGGAGAUGGCCGCGACGCUGGGGAUGGUAGACGACGCAGUGAACCCGGUUCCAAUGACCAUCUUCUGGCAAGUGCCGCAGUACUCGCUCAUCGGGAUGGCCGAGACUUUCACGUUCGUCGGGCAGCUCGAGUUCUUCUACGAGCAGGCACCGGACUCCAUGAGGAGCUUGGGGACCGCCCUGGCGCUCACGACUUACGGACUGGGAUACUACACCAACAGCCUGAUGAUCUCGGUGGUGACCAAGAUCACGCGCAGCGGCUCCAGCCCCGGGUGGAUUUCAAACAACUUGAAUCGUGGUCACUUGGAUUACUACUUUGCGACCAUGGCCGGGAUAGCGGCGGUGAACGUGCUGUGGUAUGUGCGCUGCGCGAGAGGCUACAAGUACAAGGAGACGAGCGUGAUUGAUCCGCCGGUCGUGUAGGGCGUUGUGUUCAUUCUUUUCGCUCCAGGAUUCAUUGUUUAUAUGGGAGGUUCCCUCGAUUCUUUAGAUAUAAAACAUUCAUGGAUGAUUAAGUUUGAGAUUCAACUUGAUCGUAUCAAUGGACAAAAUCUACAAAUGCUUAA